AUGACGUCCAUCCCUGCUACCUCCAAGAAGUACAAAGUUGUCCUGCUCGGAGACAGUGGUGUGGGGAAGUCUUCACUCGUGCAGCGCCUUGCGAAGGAUGAGUGGAACGAAAACCAAAACUCAACCGUCGGCGCCUCAUUCUUCCGCUACUCCUGCCCCGUAGAUGACACCGCCGUGAACUUUGACAUUUGGGACACAGCAGGACAGGAGCGGUACAAAAGCCUCGCUUCCAUGUAUUACCGCGGCGCCGCGGCGGCACUUGUCGUCUACGAGUUGCCGCUGUACGAGACAUUUGAACGGGCGAAGUAUUGGGUGCGGGAGCUUGCAGCAAAUUCACCCGAGACGAUUAUUACUCUUGUAGGCAACAAGAGCGAUCUGGCAAACAGACGCAACGUGAGCGCGGAGGAAGCCACGGCAUACGCGAAGGAAUUGGACCUGAUGUUUAUUGAGGCAAGUGCCAAGGACGGUAGCAGAGUGCGUGAUAUAUUCGAGAAGAUAGCACGUCGCUUGGUUGCUGCGAACAGCCAGAACACCGUACGGGACGGCGGCGUGAUUGGAGCCCGCCAGCCAGGCAAAAAAACGAGGCAAUUAGGCUGCUGCUGA